CGUCCUAUUACACUUGCAGAUGUUGUAGCUGGUGGAAAAAAACUGCGGCAGCGAAUGCCAAUCGAUCGGCCUGCAGAAGCGACGCAUCUCAAAAAGGUAGCCGCAGGACCUCGCACACAUACAUGACUUUGAGCUGUUGAAGAGGUCCGCAAGACGAACCGAAAGUUGGGCCGGUAAGAACUAUCAGCAGACCGAAGCAACCGUAAGAAGAUUUGUUUGUGAGCAGAGCAACAGCUUGUAGUGUCGCAGUCGAAUUCGUGCGCGUGUCCGAUUCCCUAGAUUCAUUUUCGUCUUAUUUAUUUUCUAUACUUUUUCAUCUUCGGCCUACUACGGCUGUGGCAGGUGUUUUCGCCUCCUGUAGCAAGUGGCCUGCUGUGCAAUUUGUACUAACGGCAACGUCGCCGACCCACAAACGAAAGCAGAAAUCGUCGCCGUUCAGUUGUUUCGUACCAAUCGUUCGUUUGCUAAUCUGCCGGUGCUAGCCAAGCGCUCUGUUCAGCUUGAAGCGUGUAUGGCGUUGUGGCUCGCACGAGAAUUAAACUGCUAUACACCGAACGCUCUGUGUAGCUGAUGCAAAUGUAAAGUAACAAAGGAAGAAAAAAAAGAGUCAGAGUAGUCUGGUUUUGGGUUGCCUAUUCGCCAUAACCGCCAACGCUGAAAACACAGACGUAGGUAGUUCGAGUUCUGCAUAGGACCACUCUAGCGCUGUGAUCGCUACCAGCGUCUACUAGAGCGACCAGUACGAACAUUAGUGCACGUUGCAGCCCGCCAACAACCAGGACGGCAACGCCGCUUUAAUGAAGAGACGAACGAGAGCUGCGCACUAGAUAAACGCAGUUUAUGAACCAGUUACAUCGGUGUCUCACUUACGGCUGGCUAGCUUUGAGCACAUGGUGGCGCUGCGAACGAUUCUAUUGAAUUGUGUUAAGGCUAGCUGUGUGUAGUCAGCCAGCCGCCAUUUAGUCAGCUAGUAAAUGAGUUGUCGAUCAUUUUCAACACUUGAAGUCAGCGCAAGAGCAGCUUAGACCCUUGUUGAAGCUUUUCCCGAUGGGUUACUGCGAACGUCGGGCCACGAUGCCGGGAAGACGCGCAGACCUCUGAACAACAGCGGACGUUAUAAAAAUCAAAUUCGUCCAAAAACAUAGAUCACGAUUCGGAUUAAGCGAACGUAACGGUGCCGUUAAAGUGCUUGUGACCGAUUAUGUCCUGUCAUCAGCCGUCAGUUCGAUGUUCGCUCACUAUGAAAUAAUCAGUCCGGAUAUAGCUAGCUGGCAAGCCGCACGGAGGACUCACGUUAAGAAACAGUGUCUGUGUCGAGCAAAUAGAACGAACAAUCUAACUGAGUAUAUACGAACUCGUACAUCGUGUGAGCGCAUUACGGACAUCACCAAAGUUAUCGAUGGCUGGUGACGCCGAUUCUUCUUCGGUAAGCGGGGUGAUCGACCCAUCAUCAAGCUACACCCACAAGCUCAUCUGUCUUCCAGAUGCUGAUACGCAGCCACGGGGGAGUGCCAGUCGCUCAGGCGCUAAUCCUAGCUCUAAUUCCGUUAUUGUCGUCGAUAACAGUGAUCGCAAAAUAGAUAGCAGCGAAAUGAGCGGAUGUCUAAGGAUGGCGCGUUCUUUUUCGAUGGAUGACGAUAUCCUUUCGGACAUCUUCUUCGAGACGGAUUGCCUGCCGCACUCUGGUGGCUUUCUCGAACGGACAGCUGCCUCCAGUACCCCGACACCGAUAGAGGAUUACACGAUGUCCUUCUGCCGACCUGAAUCAGCAACACCAUCUUCGCUUCUUGACUUCGAGAGUCGAGGCGACGACGAUGACUCGCUCUUUCCGGACCUGGCAGAUCCAGUUGCGGACGACGAAGAGCUAGUAGAUCUCAUCAUCGAGCAAGCAACGUUACUUAGCAAGACAAUCCUUCGCUACCUCAUGGUCAUGAUUUAGAUCACUCGAGACAUCGGCUUCAAACAUCGAACUACUUUACCCGGUCCUGUUGAAUAGGUCAUCAAUCAUAGUAUAAUGAAAACAAUUAUGCGACCAGAUUAUGACUGACGGCUGGAACAUGCAUUGAACAAAAGCAGAAAAACAAGUACUUGAAAAAUUGCUAGAUGGCUUUAUUGAUUUGCCAUUGUCGUUGCUUAAUAUGCCAUCGAGAAAAAAGCACUAUAUCAGACUCGUUUUUUUUGUAUUUCAGACGACAGCUACAUUAACAGGAUACCGCUGCAAUGAAUGAAAAGCGAAUUUAUCAUUGGCCAUUGAUUGACUGCUGCUACAUGAUGGCUUAGAUCGAUAAUUAUUCCAAAAUAAAACACUGCUCUAACACUGAAAUAGCUUAAUCCCAAGGCCUAACAAAUAUCACACUGUGUCGAUACACGAAUCAGACAAAACAGCAGUAUACUUCUAUCAUUUAGCAUAAAGCUGCUUAAUUAGAGCGACACAUAGACGAUUAGCUAGUAAGGAAAUGCCAGACCAAGAAGUUUACCCCCCCCCCCCCCCACAAAACGCUUGUCGAGAAUAACACGCACUGUAUCUUCGUUUCUACUGUUAUUAUUUAUUGUUUAUUAUAAUUGCCGUUUUGGAAAAUGAUGAUUUCUAUAUUCAAAUACUUUCAACAGCUAUGUCAAUACGUGUGUACAUAUAUAUAUACAUAUAUAUAAGCGUUGUUGAUGUUUUACUGGAAUCAUUCUGUUUUUAUUGAUAAAUACAUAGCUAACCAAAUAAUAGUUGCACCACCAAAAAGUAAUUUUUACUAAGAGAAGAUUUCGCGGAAAAACUUUUCCAUUAAGUGACUUUUAUCUAUUUAGGUACUUUGCUUAUGCGUAGUUAACGAAUUUCUCAUCUUCUUUUUUAAAAGAUCGCUCCAAAGCAUCAAUAAGGAAAGAUUUGACAAGGUAGGUAAGCGAACGCCUCUAUCAAAAAAAAAAUCCCUAUGAUGUCUGACGUGAUAACAUUGUUCGAAUUUUAUUAUAUAGGGAAAAAUAGCGACGGCAUGAUAUGAUGAGUAG